CCCUCCUCCCGGGGAUUACCUAAAUAUAGUUUCCCCAUGAGUUUUUUUGGGAUUGAUUUAUAAUCCGUAUUAUUUCAUCUUUCCCCAAAGGCAAAUAAAAGUUACAUAAUGAAUAUUUGUGUCAUUGAGCUUCCCUAUCAGUGUUAUCUAUUUCAGAUAAAUGAUAUCUAAAGAAGGGCAUUUUUUUACAUAGUAAAAUGAUAGACGACAAGAGCUUGCUCUUGUCUAUCUUUACCAAUCAAAGAGAAAGGAACUGAAAUGCACGUACGCCAUUUAGCAUAAUAUCAUCAUCUCCAUCUGUAAUGAAGUCGUCUCUUUGUCUAUUCCUUAAAAUACAUAGAUUAUUCUGAUAUCAAUAUACGGGAGAAAAUCGAAGAUAUCCAGGGACCGCCUGUGUGGCGAGAAGCCGUUUGUGCUAUUACCGAUUUCACCGCGAUAACUUUGCUAUGAGUUCGAGCGCUUGUCCACGUUGUCAAUGCAGCCUUUGUGCAUUUCGCUAUUCCUUUUGUCCAAAUAUGGUCAGAUUGCUCUUGUUUUUUCUUGCUCUUAGCUCAGCCGAUGGCGUGAAUGCGUCUGCUGCACUGAACGACAUGCUUGACCCAAAGGUUUAUGACAAACGACUUCGACCACACUUCGAAGGAGACCCGGUUAAAGUUUCCAUUUCAUUUUUUCUGACAUCUAUUGGAGGACUCAAUGAACAAGAAAUGCAAUUCGAGACCACGUUUUUCCUGCGCCAGUUAUGGACGGAUCCACGGCUCGCGUACGGUCACGUGUACAAGAAAAGGAACCUUACGCUUGGCGGGGAUAUCAUGAAGCAGAUCUGGAAACCAGAUACCUACAUCAACAACGAGAAGUCAAGCACUGUGCCCGAAAACCAGUUCCUUCUGACAAUAGACCCUGAGGGCAGGGUGGUGUACAGUCAGAGGAUGACUGUCGUAGCGUCAUGUAUGAUGUACCUGCGCAACUACCCUAUGGACACCCAAUCCUGUAGUAUAUCCUUCGAAAGCUACGGGAUGAACAAUGAUGACUUGCUUCUGAGCUGGAAGGCUGACCCAGGAGAUAAGUACAAGAACGCUGUCAUCAUCAGCGACAACCUGACCAUGUCCCAGUUCGCCCUUGAUGAGUAUCAUGCGAGCAAAGAGACGUUUACUUAUCCAACAGGUACCUUUACCUUACUUAAGUUGACUUUCUCCAUUCGCCGUAAGAAGUUCUACUAUGUGGUUCAAACAUACAUCCCAACUAUCCUGAUCGUAAUACUAAGCUGGGUCUCAUUUUGGAUACCCCGCAGCUCGCCACCAGCUCGGGUCGCACUCGGCAUUACGACAGUGCUCGCUCUCACGACGCUUAUCUUCGGGAUUCAAUCGUCAAUGCCGAGAGUUAGUUACGUGAAGGCGAUUGAUUGGUUCUUGAUGGUAUCUUUCCUGUUCGUGUUCUGCGCGUUAAUCGAGUACCCAAGCUCUACAUUUAUCAAGUUCCAAGCAAAGAGGAUAACUCGCAAGGGAACCACUAUACUUCGGCGAGUGAAGGGCGAAAAAGCGAAUGGAGAAGAUAUGAGUGGGGAUUUCCCGCUUAAAACUACUAAUUAUGGGACGACAGCGAGCAAUCAACAGGACGAAGGUAACGAUCAACGGCCCAUCAAAAGACCAGGCCGUAGGAAUGGCAACACAGAAAAUCACGUGAUCAUCAACGAACGCAUGUACAAGAUGGAAGGUGGUUACGGGCGUUCGACAGACGACCUCACUCCGUACACGGACAACUUUACUGAUAACGAAGAGACCAACACCGUAGACCGAUACGCAAGGAUUUGCUUCCCGUUCGCGUACUUUUUAUAUAAUCUGGGUUAUUGGACCGUCUAUUUAGUGAGCUCUUCAUAGGGGAGUCAAGCAGGUACUUCUCCUCACAGCAGGCGCUCAGAAAUGGACGGACGCAUAAACACAAGAGAAAUGGCCGUGCUGUUGUCAAACUUUCUUAAGUCAAAGUCACUUAAGCCGUACUUAGAAAAUAGACAGUAUACGAAAGGGGCGUUUAAGGUGUGAAACGCGAGCUCUUAUUGUUCGAGUUGGUGAUAAGAGUACGGUUGAUAUUAUUGCGCGCGGGUUGUUUACUAAAAAUCACUUAAAACAAAUUGAUCUCAUUUUCCUGUGUAUGCUAUGUAAUCUGCCCUCUAAUAAUCCAUAGUCACAGUACUAGAAACAGUUACACAACUCGACUGUGUCUCGCUGGCUACUUUUUCUGCAUGCCAACGAUGGAUUAUUAGAAAAAAUGAGAUCUAUUUGUAUAAUACUCUGGCAUUAUCUAUAGAUAUUUUAGCCUUUAAGUGGGUUUUGUCACGUCUCACUUUGCCGUCUCGUAGUCGUUGCUUUUUAAAGUCUAUAGACCCGACUAACGUGACAAUGUUGUUUUGCUUUUGUUUUGAAUAUUCAAAACAUUUUUUUUCGAAUACAACUAUAUAUGUAUUUUUUAAUACUCAAGAAAUGGAAUUGUGCUUUUUAGUUGUAUGAUAGAUUAAAAUUCAUUGUGAUUCAAGCGGAUUUCAAGAGGGUGUCGUAACGUACGAAAGUAGCCACCUAAAUGUAAAAUACCUUUUUUAGCCGAAUUUAAUAGAAGACAUCGUUUCAAAUAA